ACGCGUAAAAAAAAAAAACUUAAAAAGUUUUUUCAACGAGUGUUUUUUUUUCUCUUCGAUCUUCAUUUUUUUUUUAAUGAAUCGGUCGAUUGGCUAAUCGAUCGGUUCUUCUAUCUCAUCUAUCUCUCCGAAGGAAUCUGAGUUUUGGAAGUAUAAGAAAUGGCAGGUGGGUUUGGGGAAUCAGCGAGUCAUUCGCCCCAAAACCCAUCUUGCUCUAGCAACAAUUCUAACGGUGAUGCUGGUAAUUUUGAGUGCAAUAUCUGCUUUGACUUAGCUCAAGACCCCAUUGUGACUUUAUGUGGUCAUCUUUUCUGCUGGCCUUGCCUUUACAAAUGGCUUAACCUUCAUUCCCGUUCUCAUGAAUGUCCUGUUUGUAAGGCCCUUAUUGAGGAAGAAAAGUUGGUCCCUUUGUAUGGAAGGGGAAAAUCAUCUAGUGAUCCUAGAUCUAAAUCUGUCCCAGGUGUUAGUAUUCCGAAUCGUCCAGCUGGACAGAGACCUGAAACGGCUCCUCCGCCAGAACCCAAUCAGUUUCCCCAAAAUGGGUUUGGAUUCACGGGAGGGUUGGGAGGUUUUGCACCAACGGCAACUGCUAGGUUUGGGAAUUUUACACUGUCUGCGGCCUUUGGUGGUCUCAUCCCAUCGUUGUUUAAUCUUCAGGUGCAUGGGUUUCCUGAUGCGGCUAUGUUUGGUCCGGCUGCUGGGUUCCCAUAUGGGUUUUCGAAUUCAUAUCACGGUGGUCAUGCUCAUGGAUUUCAUCAUGGUGGUCAUGCUCAUGGAUUUCAUCAUCACCAUCACCAUCAUCAUCAUCGAACUGCACAAAGCCAGCAGGACUAUUAUCUGAAGAUGCUGUUUCUAUUUAUCAUUGUUUGCGUUAUCUUUGCAAUGAUUUAUCAAUAGAGCAAAUCUGCUAUCAGAGCUUAAAUUACUAACUUAUGUUAGGAGUGAGUGUCAAUUGUGUAAAUCUAAGAGUGCCGUUUUCUUGUUCUUUCUUUAUUCUGGUAAUCGAGGAAUUGUUUAUAUAGUACUUUCAAUAUUCAUUUUUUUUCAUUUGAUGGUUGCCAUUAAUAUGUGAAUGCAGCUUGCAUGCUUUCAUAGUUA